GGGGAUGCCGGCACGCCUGGCUCCUUCCCACCCGCGAGCGGCGCUCCCCGCAGGGCGGGCCGGGGAAAGAGAAGCACGGCGCGAAGGGCCGCGGGCGGCCCGGGAAGGGAGGAGGGAGGCUUGGGAGGCUGGCGGGCGGUUUUAUUGUUUCCUUUCGCCCUCCUCCUCCCGCGCCUCGGCCCCGGCGUCACUGGAAAGCCGCCCGAGCCGCCCGGCGGCUGGUUAUUUAUAGCGCGGGCUGCGCGCGCGUCACGGAGCCCGGCCCGGCUGACGGGGCCGCUGACGCGCUUGGCCGCGGGGCCGAGUCCGCGGGGCUGCGCGCCGGGCGCCGGCGACAAUGGGCUUCUGUGUGUGCAGCUGCUGUCGCCGCCGGGGGCCGGGGGAGGGGGGCGGGCGACUCCCCGGCUCUCCUCUCUGUCGGCCGCGAGCCCCGGAAAGUAUGUCGAGAGAGGGGGAUCUAUCCAGCCGGGGGCGACCACUUUGUGAGCCCCGGGGAGCGGGACCCGUACCACGCGCGUCCAGCUGGGGAUGCGGUGACCGAGGGGCCGGGAGCGCCGGGCAGGUAACGUAUCCCGGACUUAGAGUCGGGGGGCUUUGUUUGGGUCGGGAGGAGGGGAGUAGUGAUGUGUGUGAACGCCGGGCUGCCCUUCCGGGACUCCGGUCCCCCCCUCCUUCGCCCCCCUCGCCUGCGCGCUGGAAGCCAACCUGGGUGUGUAGCGCGAAGAGCGAAAGAGAAACUUCUCCUGCGUGACUGACUAGAUGAGGCUCCUCCCGAGAAGCCGAGAAAAUAGAGGCCCCUCUCCCGCCGCCCGCCUGCCUGCCUCUCCUCCCCCGGCCGCUCCCUCCUGUCGCCCCACCCCUCCAAGGCUGCGGACCAGCCCCCAACACUUCCCCCUACAUCUCUGGCGGGUUCGCGCCGUGGACGCCCCCGCCCUGCGGGAGGUGGGGCUGGCGCAGAUUUUAGGGACUUCCUGGGAUGCGGAGACCGGCUCUGAACCAUCCCCUUUCUGCUGCUGGGAGCUGGGGAAGCUUGCUCUGGAGCGUCUCUCACGUGGCAGGCAGGCAGAGAACUUGCUGUACCUUCUAGGAAAUUACAAUCGAUUUGUAAUGCACUUUCGCUAAUUGAGAGUUCAAAAUUAAACUUUAAUAAAGCA